UGGCGACGUGGCAAGACAAAUGAUGUGAAGUUUUUACGAUAUWAAAUCAUCUAGAUYUAUCUUAAACACUACAAUUCCACAACUAAACCAAAGAUGGGACUUUGCAAAUGUCCCAAGAAGAAGGUCACCAAUCAAUUUUGCUUUGAACAUCGCGUAAAUGUGUGUGAACACUGCCUUGUGUCGAACCAUCCWCGGUGUAUUGUUAAGUCUUAUCUUCACUGGCUACAAGACAGCGACUACAACCCAGUUUGUACACUGUGCAAUGGUAGUYUAGCAGAAGGAGAUGUUAUCAGACUUGUAUGUUAUGAUGUUUUUCACUUGGCAUGCAUUGAUAAAUUCUCACAAAGUCUUCCUCCAAAUACAGCCCCUGCAGGUUACACUUGUCCUAAUUGUAAGAACACAAUAUUYCCACCAGAAAAAAUGGUUUCUCCAGUAGUGGACCAGCUAAGACAUAAACUGUCUAGUUUACARUGGGCCAGAGCAGGRCUUGGYCUUCCUGUGGUGAGUUGUACCGUAUCUCGAAAAACAUUGGAUAAAAGACAAGAUAACUUACAACAGCCUCAACAGGACCAUGACGAAAAUAAAUAUCAACGACGAGGAGCAAUUGAUUGGUUUACUAGAUGGUUCAGGACCAGGGUAAAUAAACCCAAAGGCCAACUGAUCGAUGACCCAAAUGCAUCCUUAAAGAGAACUAUGAUGGUGUUUUUUCUAGUGAUUUUAGCAUUUGUUACGAUUGUUGUUAUAUUCACACGUGUUGGUCGCAGCACUGCUAAUAGAGAUCCUCUAUUAGAUCCCAUGUCAAAUCCUAAUAUCAAAGUACAAGGAGACCAUUGAAAAUCUAUGUGCUAGAAGAAUGGAAAUGCUUCAGGGUCCUUGGACUAUUGUAGAUUCGUUCUGAAAGCUCAAGGAGAUUCUGCGACAUAUGUAGGACUCUUUUUAAUUCCAUCGCAGCUCAAAGAGAUGACCUUCACUCACCAGGGCCUUGUGCUACUUCUUAACAUUAGCAAAGACUUUAUUUUAGUAAAACUUCAGCAUUCAAAAUCCUUAUAAACAAUUUAGCAAAUGUAGAUAAAUGUAAUGGAUUUUAUGUCGAGCUCCAUUUUGUUUUGAAUUAUAGAUAUACAUGAGCCCGAAGUGGAAAUGAAUACACUGAAUUUAUGAAAUAAAUGAAAAACAAUGAAAAUAAAUUGCUAAGAAGCUUUACAUUUUGUGUUA